CUUAGUCAAAUAUGCUACCAGACUAACUAACUCGAGAAAACUUGAUCUGUAGUAAGGCAGGAGCUUUUUGUUACUUCCUCGCACCUUAUGCCUAGAAUAAUCUACAUCUUGAGGGAGACUGCUUUCCAAAAAAAAAACCUACCCUCCCGAGACCCAAUUCACUGGUUGACUGGGUCCAGUCUUCCCCGAUCGCAGGCAGCGAGAUCAAAUUCUCGGGUUUCCAUUGUGCGACACCCCCGGCAUUUUCUGUCAAUAACACGCGACACUCGCGCCAACGACACAUAGGGCAAACAAAACUUGUAAGCCAAGGGGACCUGCAGAAGUGCCAAUCCACAAUAGUGGUUGGUGGCUCCCGUACGCAAACAUGUCGAGCAUCGACAAGGAUACAAUCAUUGAGCCCAGCCAGCAGCACCUCGAUGGUUCGAACAAGUACAAGGACUCGGAUGGUGGCAGAAUACAAGAGUCUCAGUCGCAUAUUACAGAGCCCGAUUCUGCCGAGCUAAGAGACCAUGCAGAUGACCAAGAUGGAGGAUUUACACGGUCUCGCAUCAGCAUCGGCGCAGCAAUCCACGAUGGCCGUCCUACAACGGCCCCGGAUGGAUCAACCGUUUUCUACAAGGUCUACAAGCGCAGAUGGUUCGGUGUUAUCCAGUUGACACUCUUGAAUGUCAUUACUAGUUGGGAUUGGCUCACCUUUGCGCCCAUCCCAGCAAGCUCGGCAGCUUACUUUCAGGUCACCGAGUCCGAGAUCAACUGGUACAGUACAGCAACGUUACUGUGCAUCGCAGCAUCUGCGCCAAUGGUAAUCUACACCCUUCGCAAUGGGCCGAAGCCUGCCAUAUUCGCAGCAUCCGCACUGGUUCUCGCCGGGAACUGGAUUCGCUAUGGCGGGUCCCGCGCUUCGUCUGGUUCGUACGGCGUCGUUAUGUUCGGUCAAAUCCUAUGCGCCAUUGCACAGGCUCUUGUCUUGGCCUCGCCGGCCCGCUACUCAGAUCUCUGGUUCACCGAUAGGGGCCGCGUGGCCGCGACCGCCCUCAUGUCACUCGCCAAUGCCCUGGGCGCUGCUUUGGGUAGCUUGAUCAUUCCUUUCAUGGUCGAAAAACCAGAGGACGUGCCGGACAUGCUUCUCUGGGUCUCCAUCAUUGCAACUGUAUUUUCGAUUACCGGUUUUUUCGUCCCUGCCGCGCCCCCGACUCCCGUUGCAGCCUCGAGCGAAACGCCCAAGGAGGGGCUAAUCUCUUCGCUGCGGAUCGUGUCGAGCUCCCCUGAGGCCUGGAUGAUCAUGAUCCCAUUCGCCGUCUACGUGGGAUUGUUCGACGCCAUAUCGUCCCUCCUGGCCCAGAUGAUGGUGCCGCAUGGUUACUCGGAGGACGAAUCGGGAAUCGGCGCCGCGGUGCUCAUCGUCGUCGGCCUGGUCGCGGCCGCCAUCUCCAGCCCCAUAAUCGACCGCACCAAGGCCUUUGUGCUGAGCAUCAAAAUCUUCAUCCCCUUCAUCGCCCUGUCCUACCUCGUCUUCAUCUGGAUGCCUGAGACGCAUUCCGAGGGGGGCGUCGCCGGUCCGUACGUCGUCCUCGCCGUCCUGGGCGCCACAUCCUUCGCCCUGCUCCCCGUCGCCCUCGAGCUGCUCGUCGAGUUCACGCACCCCAUCAGCCCAGAGGUCACUUCCACCUUUGCCUGGGCCGGUGGCCAGCUGCUCGGUGGCUGCUUCAUCCUGAUCGGCGACGCUCUCAAGGAGGGGCCCGAAGGGAACCCGCCGGGUAACAUGAAACCCAUGUUGAUCUUCCAGGCCGUCGUCGCCCUGGUCGGUGCCAUCCCGCCGCUGUGUUUGGGAUUUUUCGGAAGAGGCGACAAGAUCAAGCUGAGGAGAGUUGCGUCCGAUGUGCGGACGAGGCAAGAGGAUGCGACGGCGUGAGUUGUUCGUGGGAUCUCUUUUGUUAUUAUAGUCGCCAUUUUUGCCGUUGAAUUUAGAGUUUGGAAAAAGA